AUGAGCAAACCCCAACAACAACAAGUGCCACCAUUUCCAAAUAAAUAUCAAGUUAGAUUAGUUGCAUCAUCUGAUUCUAAACCAUGUAUAAUAUGUUAUAAACCAGCAACAACAGUAUUAUUAGCUGAAGGGAAUGGAGAUUUCUUUUAUACUUGUCAACAACAUUUAAAAGAUGAACAAUUUGCUAAUUCUAUACAUCCUCAAGAAUAUACUGAUUUGGUUAAUUCUCAAAAAGAAUUAACAACAAAGAAAGUUCAAUUAGAAAAAGAUGUUGAAUUAGAAAAACCAUAUAUUUGGAAUAAAGUUACUGGUUAUUGGAAGAAUGAUAAAGAGAAAUCUGAAGACUCUAAAAACAAUGAUAAUUUGAGUAAAUAUGAAAAGCUUAAGAAUGAGUUAAAAGAAGUUAUGAAAGAAUUAGAUGAAAAGAAUAAAUUAAUACUGGAAUUUAAAUUUAAACAAUAUAAAUUGAAUCAAGAUAUAUAUAAGAAUAGAUUAAUGAUUCAUCAAAAGAAAGUAUAUGGUCAACAACGAGCCGUGAAGAUUCAACAAGAAGGAUUCUUCCCAUCUGCUCCAAGCCAUAAUCUAGAGUAA